UAUUGAUAAUAAUAAGUUUCGAAAAUGCCGGUGAUUUUAUUAAUCUGAACAAGAUGCGCAAAAUAAAAUAUGAUACGGCUGUUACUGAUGAUUAUUAUCAACACAAGUUCAUGUACCUCGAGAAUAAAUCACGACAAACGCAUAAGAGGACUUAUAAGUGGAUGGGCCCCGCUCGUGUGGCUGGCACCUGGUGAAAGAUUCCUGCCGCUGAGUGUCCCGGAGUUCUUGGAGCACGUGCAGGCCGGGGACAAUUACCUACAGACACGUGUUGACGUUAAGACGCUGCUGUCUAAUGAGACGUCAUUUCUGUACGGCAAGGAGCCUGGUACGGUACCAAUUUAUGCCCUGGUCCAGAACUGUCUCGACUCGUCCGCGAAAUCUAAUUUGGUGACCAGCGACCGCAGGAGAAUAAAACGUAAGCGCGCGGUCGCUUAUUCGCGGGUCGGACGGGAGGACUCGGUGGUCCAGAGCAACGAGAUCUUGACGAAAGCUGAAGGAAGUAAUCACGGGGAAGUGAGCAAAUUGAUCUCCAAGGGAAAGAGGUCGCGGAAGCUGAACUUUCACGUGACCUAUUGGAUGUUCUAUCCGUUCAGUGAGGGAAAGGCUGUAUGUGUUCUGGAUCUCGGUUUUUUUGGCACAUGGCCGAUACCAAGUGUGGAGGGAGUCUGUCUCGGUCAACUUAAAGAGUAUGGAAAUCACGUGGGCGAUUGGGAACACAUGAGUCUUUACUUCGCGGGAGAUGAUCAUCCUGUGGCGAUGUAUGUGUCUGCUCACGACGCCGGAGCGUAUUACCGGUACGACAUCAGAAGCGGUACUUUCAUUUACGAGAGUCAAGAAACGCGGAAGGGUAUUUUCCAAAAGCCCAUAUUUCCUGAGCGCGUUUUCACCUCCAGUGGCUCGCAUCCGAUUCUCUUCAGCGCCAAGGGCUCCCACGGGCUGUGGACGGCCCCGGGUAAACACAAGUUUGUAAGAAUACCUAGACUGUACGACGAGAGUGGGUUCGGCACUCCCUGGCAGACUUGGAAGAACCUAGAGGUGAUUCCCACCGAAAAUCCCUCGACGGCGCCAUCCUGGAUGUCCUUUACAGGCAACUGGGGGAAUCCUAGAAGCAAUUGUCAUCCUCUUGUUAAUCUAGGAUUUAAUAUUUGCGAGUUUGUCGACGGACCAACUGGGAUACCUACAAAGAAAGGAAGCUUUCAAUGUCCUAGUUCUUGUGAUUAAAUAUUUAUAUUCCUAUUCAUAGUUUGUAAUUUUAUUUAUAAAAAAUAAAUAUAUAUUUAAAUCUU